UGUCCGGGAGGACACCAGUCGAAGAUGGCGGCGCUGUGUGUGUACCGGUUUGCUAGCAGAGGCUGGCUGUGGAACGGUGCCUUGGCUGCACGUAGGGGCUUUUGGUCUCGAUCCAGAAAGGAGAAGGAGCCAGUGGUGGCUGAGGCAGUGGAAGAAGUGAAGACAGAACCUGUUUUGGUGUGUCCGCCCUUACGAAGCCGAGUGUAUACGCCUCCUGACGAUCUCCAGAGUCGCUUGGAAUCCUGUCUAAAAGAAGUUCUUGGUUCAUCUCUUCCUAGUAAUUGGCAAGACAUCUCCCUGGAUAAUGGUCAUGUGAAGUUCAGACUCUUGGCACGUUUAGCUGAUGACUUGGGUCAUGCAGUGCCUAACUCCAGGCUUCACCAGAUGUGCAGGGUCGGAGACGUUCUUGACUUCUAUAAUGUUCCAUCAGUUCAAGACAGAUCUAAAUUUGAUGAACUCGUUGCUGGUAAUUUGCCUCCCAAUUUGAAAAUCAGUUGGGGUUACUGAGCAGGUCAGCAGUUGACUGCAUUGAGAUGUGCUCUCCUCACUGAGGUGACCGACAAACCUUGUGAAGUGUUACCCCUCAGAACACUUCUCAAACCUCCCUUUACUUUUUUUUUUCUAUAGAAGAAUACAUCUUUUUUCUUCAUGGAGAAUCAACAAAGAAAACAUUUUCACAUUUGCUAAGGCUAUUCCCCCAGCCCCCAAUAAAAUCAAGUUUUGGUAAUUU